CAGCGGGCACAUCGCAUCGUCUCGUCGUCGCUGUCGGUUUGUUGUCCGCGUUUUGUGUUGCGCUCGUGAGCUUCUCGUGACACGGGGUCCUCGUGUGUGCGGGGUACUUCCUUGACGGUGACGGUUUUUUUUUCGUUGCGUUGAUCGCGUCUAGACGAGAACCUCCUCGUUCAAUCUACGGAAGUCGAGACUUGAGGAGCUAAACGGUGUCAUUAUCGUCGGCAGUGACUGUAACGUGUGUGUUCUUGGCGAGUUCUUCCGUGUGGUACCUUCGUGCAAGAAGGAAGAAAAUUACGUGUGUGGGUACGAGGUACCCGGAGUACCGGAGCAAAGAGUACGAGAACCUGUGUGGUGCGAGCGCGCAAUCGCGCAGAAACUGGAUCAGUAGUGACGAGAAUUCCUGCACAUUCUACCUGUUUCUGUUUCUGUACGGCUUGUCCUGCAGUUCAAGAAUUGCGCGCGGGGGUACACGUGUGUGAUUGCGCCUGUGAGUGUGUGGCAUGUGACCGAAUUCUGGUCAGAACAGAGCGGAACAACGGAAUUGAGGGAAGCAAGAAUAAAAAUCGCAGAGUGACAUACAAACACACACACACACUCGUGCGGAAAUGGAUUAAGGUGAUCGCGCAAAGUGGGGAUUUGGAGAAAAUAAAGGAAAUCAAUCAUACUGGAUAUUAUGAUGGAAGUUAAUUGAAGGAGGAAUAACAUCAGUGGAAGAAAAGGAAUCAAAAGGUGAAAUUACGUUAAAGCUUCUUUGAGUGACAUCAAUGAUUGGAGAAGUGACGAACCCUCGGAGAUUUUGCAUGCAAAUCAAAAUCGUCGCAAGGAUCUUCAACAGUGUUGAUUUCAACUAAAAUAGACACAGUUUGUGGGCUGCAACAGUACGAAUAAAUUGAGUUUUGAGCAGAAGUGUUAUUUGUGCUAAAAAAAACAUGGAUACAAAGCAUUGAAUGUUGGUUGGAUAUCAUGAGCAAAUGGAGGUCCACCGAUAUGGACUGCUUGGCGAGCUGAUUUGCAAUGCCGACGGAGUUAUGCGAUCGCCCCUCGUCAUCUUUACUCCCAUAAAAAGGAACUAAACCAUCAUCGUCAGCCUGUCUGUGGCAGAACAACAAUCAAACUAGCAAAAAAAAACCUAAAUUUCAAUAAAACACACCAGCGCAACACUCAAAAAUAAACAACCUGGUCAUCAUCGUCUUCGUUCCAAAUUAGGACUGAAACCAUUAAAAAGUGACGCUCGGCGCAAACCUCCUCCUCUUCAGAGAGACUUCAAUGUCACUCGGCUUAUCACCUGGCGCGCAUCACUUGAACAGAGUCAGAACUGUGUUAAGGUCUUAAACGAGAAAAAAAACUACGUCGAACGAAAGUGCAAGUGACCCCACCGGUCGUCGUCAUUAGGCUAAUUAGGAGAGACUUGAACGCGUGGCGUGCCAAGCGACGAACCGUUGCUGAGGCACACGCAUCAUCGGGAUCAUCGUCGUCGGCAGAAGCGACUUCGGAAGAAGUGAAAAAAAGUGGACCCCGGGAAAGUGUUUCAAGUGUGGGCAAGUCGGGUAAAAACGCGACAAGUUAGCGCACGAUUAAAGAUAAUGACAAAUGAUUACCGCUGGGGUGUAGUGAGUGUGUCGCAAGUGAGCGCUGCGUAUCAGUGACGAAAGUGAAACUGUAGCACGGUGAUCUGGUCGACAUAGUUGACGAAGCAAGUAUCCCACGGUCGGAUCCGUCGGAUUAAGGUGAAGAGCGUCCGGCAGCCGGUUUGGGAUUAAAUUAUUAAAAAAGUUAUUGGACGUGGACGUGGGCUUAUACUAAUUAGCCUGAAGAUCGCUGAACAUCAAAAACAACGAAGAAGACGCUGACUUUUCUGAGAGAGGUCCUGAAGUGAUCGUCGUUACGUGGUCCUGACCUUUGUGGUGAUCUUUUGUGGCGAAAUUCCUUGCACGCGCAAGAAGGCCAUCGAAGAAGGGCAGAAGACAUUCAAGUGCGCUCGUUCAAGAAGUGAAGAUCGUCUCGAAAAACAACAACGGAAAAAAACAAGAUCAUACCACGUUCAGUAAUCAGCUCACGUCGCGGGACUGACCUUUCCCGGCGAUCUCUCGCCGUAGUGUUUCUGUGUGUGUAAAUAAAAAUUUCCAGUGAUCCUCGCGAUCGCGCCGCGAUCCCGUCGACCUCCGAAGUGACUUUUAGCGAUCCUCGCGGACAUCCAGUGACAUUCACGGACGAUAAGCCCGGCGUAACCGGGAGGUCGAUCGCCGAAGAAGGCCCACACACCUUGCCAUUUGGGCAAAAGUCAAGUGCGCGCGAGGAAGAUCCCAGCGCCGAAAGCUCGAGGGUCCCUGGCUGAAGAUAAACAACGCACACGAGUGAGGACCUCUCGAAGUGGUUGUGUGGAACACGGCUUGAAGAGUGCGCGCGCGCGAGAAGAAACGCGCGAGUGUUUUUAGCUUUUUUCGGGUGUUUCGUCUGGACAGAUUUUGGAGCAAGCGGCGUGCAACGCUGAAGAUUCGGACACCAGCUCUGUCACUCCAGAUAUCAUCAUCGGGCUGUGCCAAAAAAAAAACUGCCUCGCCAUCGCCGCCGUUGGUGGAACCUUGAAAAAAUCAAUCAACCGGCCCCCAAACAACUGCCGUACUGACCAGCAACAAAAAAAAUAUGAAUCUACUCUAAUCUCGCCCAAGUUGGAACAAAACAGGCCGUAACGAGACGGUGAUCUUAAUUUUUGCGGUAUUGUUUCUACUGCUACGAGAAGGUGUCCGGACCUCACCAAGCAACGCAGAAUUGGCCGAAGACUUUAAUCCGGGGAAUGCCAUCGCCGCCAGCCGCCGACAUCCAGUGAGAGCAGAGACGCCUGUUUGCGAGAAGAUGCGAGAAAAGGAUCACUCCCCGCGAAAGAUGCUUCCCAGUCCCAAACAGGGCGCGGUCUACCCGCUGCUCGGCCUCGGUUCGACCCUGUCGGCGCAGCUUCCGUUUGACUUUUCCAGCACGGGGGGAAGCGGUGGCGGAGGAGGAGCAGGAUCUGGCAAUCGGUCGUCCUCGUCGAAUCUGCUGCACCAGCAGCAAAGUUUGCUGGAUCAACCGCUGGAUCUGCGGGUAGAUCAUAAAAAGUCGAGCAGUAGCUCGACGUCCGAUGAGGAGGAUCAGGGGCAGCGAUCGAGUGAGGAGUUAAAGUUCCAGGAUAACAACAACAACCAGAAUGUGAACAACAACAACAACACGGACAGGAGUACGAAGAGUCCGAGUCCGAUAAGUAACAAUAACAACAACAACAGUGUAAAGUACACCAACAAUAACCACAUCAGCGUGAAGGAUGAGUUCCGAAUAUCCAGCAUAGCGAAUCACAGUCCACCGAUCUUCCCGCCGCCCGGGAUCAACCCGUUGAUGCUGGAGGCGAUCGCGAAAGCCGGCUUACCGCUGCCAGGAUACCGAAAUUCCUUCCUGCCGGCACGAUCACCCGUUCCGUACGACCUGCAGCGGCUCAAGGAGCGGGACGCGAUCGCGCAGAGCUUGCUCCGGCAAGGCACCAACGGCAACGGGAUCCCCAGCAAUAAAAACAACAACAACAACAACAACUCGAACAGCAUCAACCACAACCUGCCACCGGGAGCCACCAAGAACAAGGAUCGCUACUCGUGCAAGUUCUGCGGCAAGGUGUUCCCACGAUCCGCCAACCUGACGCGGCACCUGCGGACCCACACCGGCGAGCAGCCCUACAAGUGCAAGUACUGCGAACGUUCCUUCAGCAUAUCCAGCAACCUGCAGCGCCACGUGCGGAACAUCCACAACAAGGAGCGACCCUUCAAGUGUGCCCUCUGCGAGCGGUGCUUCGGCCAGCAGACCAACCUCGAUCGGCACCUCAAGAAGCACGAAGCGGACGCCGCCGGGCUCGGCCUCGGCCUGGACGAACGUCUCCGCGCCGCCCGGAGGAACUCCCGCGGAAUCCCCGAAGAUUCCUACUUCGAAGAGAUCCGCUCCUUCAUGGGCAAGGUGACCCAGUUACCGAUCCCCCUGCGGAUGCAACCUCAUCACCACGCAGCGGCCGCCGCCCAGCAGCAGCAAUCGCAACUGCACCAGCAACAGCUGGCGGCAGCGGCCGCCCAGCAACACCACGCUCAACAGCUGGACCAGAGUUCGUCCCGCAGCUCGUCGCCGGCCGGCUCGGAACCGGCCUCGCCGGCGGGCAGCUCGCACAGUGCGUCCGGCCACCUCGAGAUCAAGAUGGAGGCCAACGACGAGGACGAGGACGAGGAGGGCGAACAGGUGCAGGUUACCUGACCGGCCCGACCGGGUGUGCUCGGGUCACGACGGCACGUUACGCAAUGUACAAGUUAAAGAAAUUCCUGUUAGCACUCGGUAAGAACACUUUACUGGAGAGUUGCGGAGGUUGCGGGUUGCGUGCGGAGUUGAAAUUGGGUUAUCUGGACAAGAAGGUUACAGAGAAACCUCGCUUUUUACGCGGAGGCGUUACGCUUUUUAUUUCGUCGAUUUCUCUUAAACCGUAGAACAUUUUUGCAAGCUUCAAAUAGUGUUUUGUAGAUCUGAACAAAAUCUAAAAAUUGCUUUUAAAAGAUUGCAAAAAUAUUGCGUCGUUAUUGAGAAAUCUACAAAUCAGUAAAACGUAACGCAUCACGCAAACAGAGGUUUUCUGUAUUGCUUUUGGAGGCGUUACUGCAUAACGAUUAGGAAACGAAAUUUAUUCCGUCAAAGUUAUGAGUCUUAAAAAUGCUCAAACAAUUGAUUUUGGUAACACCUUUGUGACGUUACAGACGUUACGAUCGGUAUAUCAAAAAAAAACAGAGAAACCUCUUUCUACGCAGAGGCGUUAUAAUUUUUAUUUUUUCGGUUUCUCCUCAACCAUAAAGUAUUUUUCAAGUCUCAAAAUACGUUUUGUAGAUCUAAACAAAACCUACACAGUGAAAUAUUGUGUAAAUUUGGAAGUUGUAAUUUUGUAAAGCUGAAUACAGUUAAA